CCUGUGGGGAGGGGCUGAUUCACAGGGAGGAAGUUGCGACUGCAAGGCCUCAGGCUCAGUACAGCCGCUCCAAAGCAACCAGUUAGCUUAGCCAAAGCUAACACUGGGUCUGGGCAGGGCAGAGCCGCUUGAGGAGAAUAACACAGAAAACAGGAACAAAGCACGCUGCUGUAAAUUCAGUUUGUAUUCGAUUUUCCGGAGGACUUACGACGCAAACCCCUCAAACAGACAAUCUUUAAUGCGUGCUUUAUUUUUAACCGGGGUUCCCACUGCAACAGCUAGGCAGAGUUAGCUACAUGUCUGGUUCACCUCCACUAAACCCUGUGUAGCAACAUUAUCAACAAUAGCAAGGGUCGUCUCUUAAAAGCCAUACAUUGUAUCGACAUCUAUAUUAAUAAAUGACUUUACCUGCAUUUUUAUGAUGCAAUGUCUUGUAGUCGCGAGUGGGCCCAUUGCCACAACAUGAGCCUCUGCCGGUGUAGCCAACACCUCAAGUAGCCUGCUUGCUACAAAUAUUUAUUGGACGCCAGGAGAGCCAUCAAAAUUAACUCCGAACAUGGCAUCAGAGGAGAGCUCACUGCGCGCUCUGGAGAGUCUCAUGACAGAGUUCUUCCACAGCUGUACAACCAACGAGCGUAAGAGAGAGAUUGAAGAGCUGCUGAAUAACUUUGCUCAGCAGAUGGGAGCUUGGCGCCACUGCUUGUUCUUCCUCUCCAACACUCGCAACGAGUAUGUGAUGAUGUACAGUCUCACAGUGUUUGAGAACCUGGUCAAUAAGAUGUGGCUGGGAGUAGCCUCACAGGACAAAAUGGAGAUCCGUAGCUGCCUGCCCAAGCUGUUGCUGGCCCAGCACAAAGCUAUGCCCUUCUUCAUACGCAACAAACUCUGUAAAGUCAUAGUGGAUAUUGGUCGCCAGGACUGGCCCAUGUUCUACCAUGAUUUCUUCACCAACACCCUUCAGCUGAUCCAGUCUCCUACCAUGGCCUUUCUGGGACUGGUUUUGCUCAAGACCACAUCCGAGGAGCUGGCGUGCCCACGGGAGGAUUUGAGCGUUGCACGGAAAGACGAGCUGCGCAAACUGUUGCUGGAGCAGGUCCCCACAGUGCUGGGAUUACUGACAGGUAUCCUGGAGACGAUUUGGGAUAAGCACAGUGUUACGGCUGCCACCCCCCCUCCCUCUCCCACCUCAGGAGAAAGCGAGUUGCUGGGCAGUCUAUUGCAGGGCACCCAGUACUCCAAGCUGCUAUCCCAGCCCAUCCCAGCACUGGACGAUGACAGUCAACAGUUGUGCUCCCUAGCUCUAGAGUGUCUGGCCCAUCUAUUCAGCUGGAUCCCCCUUUCUACCAGCAUCACCCCUUCCCUUCUCGCCUCUAUCUUCCACUUUGCCCGUUUUGGCUGUGACCUGCGGGUCAAGCCCAAGACUCCCCCUUCCAUCUACUCAUCGUGCUCGUCCAAUGGCGAGCAUGCUCCCCCUGCCAAUGGCGGAGGUCGGCCCGGGCAUGAGACGGGCGGCGGCGGGCAGGUGGACAGGUCGCGGCUGGGAGUGCUGGCCAUGACGUGCAUCAAUGAGCUGGUGUCCAAGAACUGUGUGCCCCUUGACUUUGAGGAGUACCUACUGAGGAUGUUUCAGCAGACCUUCUUCCUGCUACAGAGGCUGACAAGGGAGAACAACGCGCACACCGUCAAGAGCCGGCUGCAGGAGCUGGACGAGAGUUAUGUAGAGAAGUUCACCGACUUUCUGCGCCUGUUCGUCAGCGUGCACCUUCGGCGGAUCGAGUCCAACGCUCAGUUUCCUGUGGUGGAGUUUUUAGCCCUGCUUUUCAAGUACACUUUCAAUCAGCCCACCCACGAAGGCUAUUUUGCCUGUUUGGACAUCUGGAGUAUCUUCUUGGAUUAUUUAACCACUAAAAUCAAAAGUAGGCUGGCUGACCGAGACGGUGUGCUGAACAGGUAUAAGGAUGCUUUGGUGCUGCUAUUAAGAGAGGUUCUCAACCGAAUCCAGUUCCGAUAUAACCAGGCCCAGUUAGAGGAGCUAGAUGAUGAGACCCUGGAUGAUGAUCAACAGACUGAAUGGCAACGGUACUUGCGGCAGAGUCUGGAGGUUGUUGUCAAGGUGAUGGAGCUGCUGCCGUCCCAUGCCUUCGCCACGUUGUUCCCUGUCCUUCAAGAGGACUUGGAUGUGUACCUGGGUUUGCAGCAGUUCAUUGUCACUUCAGGAACAAGUCGGAGACUGAACAUUACAGCAGAGAAUGAUUGUCGGAGGCUGCACUGCGCUCUCAGGGACCUCAGCUCCCUACUUCAGGCUGUCGGGAGGCUGGCUGGGUAUUUCAUUGGGGACGUUUUCGCCGCACGCUUCAACGAUGCACUAGCGGUGGUGGAGCGGUUGGUGGAGGUCACAUGCUAUGGCUCUCAGAUCAGCCUGUAUGACUUGGAGACUGCCGUGCCAUCUGUGCUCAAGCCUGACCUCAUCGACGUCCAUGCCCAGUCCUUGGCGGCGUUGCAGGCCUACUCCCACUGGCUGGCUCAAUUCUACAGUGAGGUCCAGAGGCAGAAUCAGAGCCGCUUCAUCAGCCUUGUCACCUCCACCAUGGACGCCACCGCACCACUCAUCACUGCCAAGGUACCUGAAAAGUUGCUGCUGUCGGCAUGCCAUCUCAUGGUGUCCAUGGCCACCACCGUGCGUCCUGUUUUCCUAGUCACGUUGCCUGCUGUGCAGAACAUCUUCAACCUCAUCACAGAGAGCCAGACUCGCAGGCUCCCCCAAGAGGCCCACAUGCUCGUGUGCAGGGCUCUGUCCAACAUGCUGCUGCUGCCUUGGUCUAACCUGCCAGAGAGCGAGCAGCAGUGGCAAACCCGCUCCAGUAGCCACGCCAGCCUGCUGGCUGCCCUUACCCGCCACUACCGCCUACUGAGGGGCACUGCCAACCAGCCCCCACACCGCCUUGGCCUGGAAGACACGAAAGCAGUGUUGCACCAGACAUUGCCAGUGCUAAGAGACAUAGUGGACAGCAUCUCCGGGGAAUCCACCAAAUCCCGACAGAUCUGCUACCAGAGUCUCCAGGAGUCCGUGCAAGUUUCCUUGGGCCUCUUUCCUGUCUUCAUCCAGCAGCCAGAUGUGACGGAUGAGAUGCUGAGCUUCUUCCUCACACUGUUUCAAGGUCUGCGUGUUCAGAUGGGUGUGCCCUUCACCGGACAAAUUAUACACACCUUCCUCAGCAUGUUCACCAGGGAGCAGCUGGCAGCCAGUAUCUUGCAGGAGGGCAGCGCAGGCUGCCGAGUGGUGGAGAAGUUCCUAAAGAUUCUUCAGGUGGUGGUUCAGGAGCCCGGCCAGGCCUUCAAACCCUUCCUACCCAGCAUAAUAGCUCUCUGCAUGGAGCAGGUCUAUCCUAUUGUGGCAGAGCGUUCCUCUCCAGACGUCAAAGCAGAGAUGUUUGAGCUGCUAUACCAGGUGCUUCACCAUAACUGGAGGUACUUCUUCAAGACCUCUGUCCUAGCCAGUGUGCAGAGGGGAUCGGCCGAGGAGGCCAUGGAGAAUGAGGCCCAGUUUAGUGCUGCCAUGCAGGCAUUUGGGCAGUCUUUCCUGCAGCCAGACAUUCACAUCUUCAAGCAGAACCUCUCUUACCUGGAGUCCCUCAACAGCAAGCACAAGCUCUACCACAGAAAGCUGUUCCGGACCUCCAUGCUGUUUCAUUUCAUCAACGUGCUCCUACAGGUGCUCCUCCACAAAAGUCACGACCUGCUCCAAGAGGAGAUUGCUCUGGCAGUGUACAACAUGGCCUCCGUGGACUUUGAUGCCUUCUACUCUGCCUUCAUGCCUGAGUUCCUCAACGGCUGCCAGGGUGUGGACGCCAACCAGCGGGCGGUGCUCGGCCGCAAUUUUAAACUGGAGCGGGACUUGCCCUCCUUCACUCAGAGUGUGCACAGACUGGUAAACGACCUGCGAUAUUACAGAUUGUGUAACAGCAGCCUUCCCACUGGCACUGUCAAGCUAUAGCACAUCGCCCAUGGGCACACUCCAAACAGCUCAGAUUUUCAACAUUGGGGUCUGUCCAAACCAGUGCUGCCCGCUCCCCUCCUAUCUACCCCCUCUACUUCUGAGCCACCACCUCUAUUGAGCCUCCCAGGGGGAUAGGAACUCCACAUGGGCUGGCCUGUCUUUUGGGUUGAAGAUUCUCUGAGAAAAGUACGGACUGGCGGUUGUGCUCAAGGAGCUUAAUUUCUGCUGUAGAGGGUUUUAUUAUUUUAUUUUUUUAGCAACGCCCUCCUUCACUUGUCUGUUGCCAUUGAUGAUGAUGAGGCCAAAUUGAUGGGUGGCAAGAUGGGCAGAUCUGGUCUUGUCUAGACCCAAUUUAAACCCAGACUGAAGCGGUCUGAGCCAGGCCUUCCGUCCCAGGACUCUGCGACAAGGCCAGGCUGGGACUCAGCACUUUCCAACUCGAUUUUGAGUUUUUAAAACAAACGUGUUCGCUUUUAUUGAUCUUGCCUUCAGUUUUUCAUCUCCAAAGGAGACAGACUUUCAACUUAAUGUCUUUCAUAUCAUUCCAUUCUGAAACAGAAGAAACUAUGCUUAAUUAAUAAAGUUUAUUAAAAAAAAACGUUUUGUUC